CAUCUAACAGAUGUCAAAUCAAUUAAAGACGACAAAACACAGGUUCCGCAAAACAGUGAUAAAAUGGAUAAAGAAUUCACCACAAUAAAACCAGAUACAACAGUAGAAGUACAUCUUACAUCGAAAACAGAGGCUGAAAAAUCGACACCAAUUGUUGAAGUUAUUGAAGCCAAGCCAACAACACCGAUGCCAAUUAAAACUGAUGUGGACGAACAAUCUGUAAAACCAAUUGAUUUAGCAACAACUAGUGAUCCUAUAGUAGAAGAAAAAAUAAGUGCAACGACACAGUCAGUUACACCAAUGCAACAACCCGACGUAGUUCAGAUGACAACCGGUGAAUCUGUAGCUGUGAUGAAAACAGAUAAGGAGACAUCAGAAUCGACAUCAUCAGAUAGUAUUGCUCAUACUACCAUUUCUCUAAGCAAAGUAACCAUGUCUGAAGAGUUAGUUGAUGAAUUGGGCUCCGGUGUUGAAAAAAAUAUUAUAUCACCUACAAAUGAAACAAAAUUUAAAUCUGACAAGCCUAUGCAAGUAAUUGAUGUUUUUACAACCACUGCAAGACCUGUUGAAGUAGCAUCAACUACUGCUAAGGCCAUCACUGUACAACAAAACACUUAUGCUGUAGAAAAAUUAUUAACAUCUUUAAAACCAGAAUCUUCAGCUUUUGUUGAUGUUUCCACUACACCGAAAGUCACUAAUAUUGUAUCAGAAGAACAAGAUAUUGUAUUUGGUUCUGGAGUUGAAGUAAAGCUAACAUCAGAAAAAUUACCAGGUUUUAUGAGCACAUUUAAACCAACACCAAUUCCAAGCAAAGUGUACAAACCCACACCAGAAGUAGAUGUUAUUGAUGGAUUUACACAGAAGCAUCUAACAGAUGUCAAAUCAAUUAAAGACGACAAAACACAGGUUCCGCAAAACAUUGAUAAAAUGGAUAAAGAACUCACCACAAUAAAACCAGAUACAACAGUAGAAGUACAUCUUACAUCGAAAACAGAGGCUGAAAAAUCGACACCAAUUGUUGAAGUUAUUGAAGCCAAGCCAACAACACCGAUGCCAAUUAAAACUGAUGUGGACGAACAAUCUGUAAAACCAAUUGAUUUAGCAACAACUAGUGAUCCUAUAGUAGAAGAAAAAAUAAGUGCAACGACACAGUCAGUUACACCAAUGCAACAACCCGACGUAGUUCAGACGACAACCGGUGAAUCUGUAGCUGUGAUGAAAACAGAUAAAGAGACAUCAGAAUCGACAUCAUCAGAUAGUAUUGCUCAUACCACCAUUUCUUUAAGGAAAGUAACCGUGUCUCAAGAGUUAGUUGAUGAAUUGGGCUCCGGUGUUGACAAAACUAUUAUAUCACCUACAAAUGAAACAAAAUUUAAAUCUGAUAAGCCUAUACAAGUAAUUGAUGUUUUUACAACCACUGCAAGACCUGUUGAAGUAGCAUCAACUACUGCUAAGGCCAUCACAGUACAACAAAACACUGAUGCUGUAGAAAAAUUAUUAACAUCUUUAAAACCAGAAUCUUCAGCUUUUAGCAAUGUUUCCACUAUACCGAAAGUCACUGAUAUUGUAUCAGAAGAACAAGAUAUUGUAUUUGGUUCUGGAGUUGAAGGAAAGUUAACAUCAGAAAAAGUACCAGGUUUUAUGAGCACACUUAAACCAACACCAAUUCCAAGCAAAGUGUACAAACCCACACCAGAAGUAGAUGUUAUUGAUGGAUUUACACAGAAGCAUCUAACAGAUGUCAAAUCAAUUAAAGACGACAAAACACAGGCUCCGAAAAACAGUGAUAAAAUUGAUAAAGAACUCACCACAAUAAAACCAGAUACAACAGUAGAAGUACAUCUUACAUCGAAAACAGAGGCUGAAAAAUUGACACCAAUUGUUGAAGUUAUUGAAGCUAAGCCAACAACACCGAUGCCAAUUAAAACUGAUGUGGACGAACAAUCUGUUUCUCCAUCUGUAAAACCAAUUGAUUUAGCAACAACUAGUGAACCUAUAGUAGAAGGAGAAAAAUUGAGUGCAACGACACAGUCAGUUAAACCAAUGCAACAACCUGACGUAGUUCAGACAACAACCGGUGAAUCUGUAGCUGUGAUGAAAACAGAUAAGGAGACAUUAGAAUCGACAUCAUCAGAUAGUAUUGCUCAUACUACCUUUUCUCUAAGCAAAGUAACCAUGUCUCAAGAGUUAAUUGAUGAAUUGGGCUCCGGUGUUGACAAAACUAUUAUAUCACCUACAAAUGAAACAAAAUUUAAAUCUGACAAGCCUAUGCAAGUAAUUGAUGUUUUUACAACCACUGCAAGAACUGUUGAAGUAGCAUCAACUACUGCUAAGGCCAUCACUGUACAACAAAACACUGAUGCUGUAGAAAAAUUAUUAACAUCUUUAAAACCAGAAUCUUCAGCUUUUUUCGAUGUUUCCACUAUGCCGAAAGUUACUGAUAUUGUAUCAGAAGAACAAGAUAUUGUAUUUGGUUCUGGAGUUGAAGGAAAGGUAACAUCAGAAAAAGUACCAGGUUUUAUGAGCACAUUUAAACCAACACCAAUUCCAAGCAAAGUGUACAAGCCCACACCAGAAGUAGAUGUUAUUGAUGGAUUUACACAGAAGCAUCUAACAGAUGCCAAAUCAAUUAAAGACGACAAAACACAGGUUCCGCAAAACAUUGAUAAAAUGGAUAAAGAACUCACCACAAUAAAACCAGAUACAACAGUAGAAGUACAUCUAACAUCCAAAAAAGAAGCUGAAAAAUCGACACCAAUUGUUGAAAUCAUUGAAGCUAAGCUAACUACACUUAUUCCUAGUAAAGGGCACAUACCCACAUCAGAAGCAGAUGUUAUCGAUGGAUUUACAAUGAAACAUGUUACAGAUGCCAAAUCAAUGAAAGAUGCCAAAAUGCAGGCUCCAGAAAACAUUGAUAAAGUGCGUAAAGAAGUUACCACAAUAAAACCAAUCACAAAAGUAGAAGUACAACAGACAACCUUAACAGCGGCAGAAAAAUCAACACCGAUUGUUGAAGUUAUUGAAUCCAAGCAUGCAACAGGAAUUUCAAAUUUUACUGGUAAAGAAAAUUCAACUAUCUAUACAUUAAGACCAACUGAAUUGCAUACUGUGGUCAAUGUCGUAGGAGAAAAUGUAUUUACAGUGGCACCAAUACAACAACCAGAUGAACAUACCAUGUUGAAAGAACUUGUUGAUGAAUUAGGCUCUGGAGUGGAUAUUGAAAGUGCUACACCAGUCUCACAUGUUCUGAAGUUAACAAGUACAAUUGUGACUAGCAUAAGAAAUAUAGAAGAUAACAAACAUAUGUUAUCUAAAGAUAAUUUUAAUUUAACAGAAGAUAUCAGAUUUCAAACUGAACACCCACAUGAAGAAAAUUCAUCAGAUACUGGCAAAGGGAGGAGCACACCAACUUUGAAAGAAAUACUGAUGAAACAGUUUACAACUCUACCAACUGAUAAACAUGAUGCAUUAUCUGGUAUACCAACAUCUGAAAUUCUAAGGCCGACAGAGACUGCUUUGGAGUCAAAAGUAUCAAAAUUGGAAUCCUUAACAACUGCUCUUAGAAAUCUGAAUUCUCAUUUGAUUACAGAAGAACCAGUUUCAAUUGAAGGAUGUUUUGAGGAAUGUUCUAUGCUCUAUGAACCUGUGUGUGGUACCGAUAAACACACAUAUCCUAACAGAUGUACACUGGAAGGAAUGGCCUGUCAGUUUCCUGGCUAUCAUCUAACUAUAGACCAUCUUGGGCCUUGUGUAGAAGUGGCACUUAAGACACAUGCCAGAGAUAUCAACUUGGGCUCUGGUAUGGGUUCAUUGACUGUUGAGAUUAGAGAUACAGCUGAUUGUGAGCAGACCUGUCAUGCUCACCAGCCUGUUUGUGGAAAUGACCGCUCAACUUACCUUUCUGAAUGUGCAUUGAAGAAGUAUGCAUGCACUGCUAAUAUAAGUGGGCUUAAGAAGGCAUAUGACGGUGAAUGCAUAGAAGAAAUAAGUAAAAUAUUUGAAGGUAGUGGCAGGUGUGACCAAGUUAUAUGUCCCGGUAACUAUGAUCCUGUUUGUUCAAAUAAUGGAUUUACUUUCGCUAAUGACUGUGAUCUGUUGUUUGCAAAACUUUGUUUAGGAAUGGAAGACAUCCAGAAAAGCUACCAUGGGAGCUGCUGAUUUAAAAGUUUAAUUUUCCAUUUAAUGAAUUGUGUACCAGCAAUGAUCAACAGUCAGAUAUGCUUACCAUCAAGAUCAGCACACAGAGCGUUGAAAUCAUACAUGCGUAAUCAAUUCUGAAAAUAAUUAUAAACAAUUAUUCAAACAUUUAGUGGAUAUAAAGCGUGCAUUUAAAUGCUUGACUUUCAUAUUCAGCUUUGUCUGUGUCUUCAACUGUAAAAUGAAGACUGUCAGGCAGUGCACACUCUAUUACAAUUAAAAUUGAAGCUGUUUUGCUGAAGUGAAAUUAAUUGAACAUGGAUAUUAAUAUUUAAAUUUGAGUUUUGCUAAUAAAAUAAUGUUACCUUUGAAAGUCAGUUUGCUGAUGAAGCUGUUGAAAGACAGCGAAAGCUAUCUCAAGUAAAUGACACUGACUUUGAAAAGAAACUGUAAUUAUUAUGAAAAAAGAAACAUUUCAAUGGAAUAUGAUAUUAAAUUAUAAUUAUUUUCUGUUAAUUUUCCACAUUGUUCUGUGGACAAUAACAACUUUAUAACUUAUAAUAAGAGUGACAUAUAACAAAUUAAAAUGAACAGUAAUCAGUUGUAAUACUUAGUGUCACCAAAGAAUGCAAGAAAGUAUGAGUAUAAAAACAUAUUUUUUGCAAUUUUAUAUUAAAUUAUUUUAAUUAUGAUAAAUAUAGAUAAAAACAAUACUCCGCAGUAUUUUUGUGCUGCACACAUGACAUUCAAGUAUAUAUUUUGAUAAUGUAUUUUUAGGUUAUUUAUAAUGUGUGUAUAUUUUUAUUGCAAUUGUAGUUGAGAGGGUGCACUCUGAAAUAUAUAGUUAAGUUGCACCAACAUUUUACAAUGCAUUAUGGGAAUAAUGUGUAUAUUUAUCCAUGUCAUUUUGUAAUACUAAUAUAUUCAGUAUUAAUAGAUUAAUUAUAUUUCCCCAGUGUAUUACAUUAUGCUUGUAGAUCUGGCCCAUAGUGAUGUUUUGUCCAGACGACCAAAAUUGUAAUAUUAAAACAGUAUUUGUUGGUGAUGGUUUUCUUUAGUGGAUUAUGAUAUUGAUAUUGUGCUAAUUAUUAUUUAACAUAACUAAUUUAAUUUUUCAUUAAACUAACAUUUUAUUGUAUGCAAGACGUUUAUAGUCACACCCUGUGAUCAAUGGACCAUUCCACUAAGCCCCGCCCCUUGGAUAUUGUUGCUAAGGUCCCGCAAAACAAAAAGCGUAAAAAUGUACGUAAAAAUGUUCGUUUGUGGAUGUAAACACGUGUGCUUGUGUGACCCGUGUAUUCAUAGUGCUGUUCUGAAUAGUCAGUAAAGUUGUCUGUGUCCCACAAACGGUACUGCAAAAUAAUAAUACCAAAGGGUACUUGUCUUUCAUGGUAUGCUACUUAAUAUUUUGUGGACAAUAUGCAAAUUACUAUGCAAAUACUUGUAUUCACAUUAUGCAAGUGUUGUCACAGCUUCCAGUAUUGCAAAUAGUAUUAGAUUGGUUGAACUAUAUUUUUUUAUUGUUUUUUUUUUUUUGCCUCUGAAUGUCUAUAUGCAAUGCGUUUGUCUUUACUCAACCGAUAUGAGAUUGUAUCGGAUGGUAGUAGGGUUGGUAGGUGGGAUUAUUCCAGUUAGCAUGUAAAACACGGGAUUAGUGAACGUUCCCAGUGUAUUGCAAAAAGUGCAAGUCGUGUAUAAUUAAGCGUAUGUUAUUGCAUCAUUAUGGUAUAAGCCAAGAUUUGUAUGAUGUAAUCAUGUACUUUAUGUUUUGUGUUCACUUAAAUGUUAUGUAAUUUAAAUCUAAUAAAAUGGGUGAAUUUUA